AUGGACAACAGAAAUGGAGUUACGGCAGCUAACGGGAAUGGCCAUGCUAAUGGUCAUAUAGCGCCUCCUAGGCCUAUCUUUUAUCGAGGUUUGGCUGGGGAAGCUCGAGUACGCUACUCCCCAUCUGACCGAUAUCCCCGAUGUGCUUGUAGGGUGACCUUUGCUUACCCAAACCAUGUUGUACUGGCCUUGGACGACGAGCGUCGUCAGUUGGUGACUGCCAACUUAGACUUACAGGCUGAGGUCGAUGAGCUUCGACAGAUGGUGAGCGCUCAGGGCGAGAGGGUCGCCGAGCUUGAGGAGGUGAUUGAGGGCGAGGUUGCCACAUUUGCUGUGGUUAACGAGGAGCUCCGGAGCACUAGGGCUCAGCUUACUAGGCUGAGAGAGGAGGUCCGUAGUCGGGGUUCCGAUAUUGUAGCUGAUGCCACUAGGCUAGUUGAUGAGGCUAUGGGGGAAGGGCUUCGGGCAGCCCUUAGCUGCAAAUAUAGGAGAGAUGGCUGGGGUUUUAGGGUUGGAGAUGCUGGUAUAAAUAGAAAAGGCAAGACAGCCGCAAAAAGGAGGGAUCCGCGGGGGAAGAGAAAGCAAAAACGGAAAAACUGGAGCAAAAGGGAAAAAAUUGAGAGAGUGAGUCGUGAGCAAGAACUAGAUAAAGGGAAAGGUCAGAAGAUUGCUUCUGGUGGCGGCUGUGGAUUAACGAAAGAACGAAACAGAGAGAGAGAGGAUACGGAUAGAGAGCUGGAGUUGAGGGGCUGUGAGAAGAAAACAGCAAAGGGGAGGAGACGGCAGGAAAAAUUGAGAGCAAGAACAGAGGCCGGCUAA